CAAGAAUUUUCCCAUGAGCAAAGCAUCCUUGACAAAUUUUUAUUAGUUGCUACUCCACUUCGCAGACACUAUAUAUAGGCAACAACCCAAGCUUGUACCACCACCAAUGCACUUUAAGAUUUGAUUUUCUGUUUUUAUCUCCCCACAGUUAAGAUUUUAACACAUCAACAUAAUGGCCCCAGCUCCAAGUUUUUCCGAUGCAGAUGGCUCGUUGUUCAACUUUGUCGUCAGAGACGGCAAUGGUGUCAAGGGGAUCGUGGAUUCAGGCCUAUCAAAGGUACCAAAACAGUAUGUGCAACCCCAACAAGAAAGAAUCGACAAGCUAAGUGCAACUCUAAAUGAUAACCCACCAAUCGACUUGGCAAAACUAGAUGGUCCUGACCAUGACCAAGUGGUGGAGGAAAUUGCCAGAGCUGCUGAGACUCUUGGGUUCUUCCAGGUGGUCAACCACGGAGUGCCCAUAGAGCUGCUCGAGUCGCUUAAGGAUGCAGCUCACAGUUUCUUUGGCCAGCCACCUGAAAAGAAAGCUGUCUAUUGCAAGGGUGUGAGUCCUAGUCCAUUGGUGAAGUAUGGCACAAGCUUUGUGCCAGAGAAAGAGAAGGCAAUGGAAUGGAAAGACUAUGUUAGCAUGAUUUACACUAGUGAUGCUGAAGCACUUCAAUUUUGGCCUAAAGAAUGCAAAGACGUCGCUCUCGAGUAUGUAAGAACAUCAAUAAAGAUGGUGAGAAAACUACUAGAAGCUCUGAUGGUGAAGCUUGGAGUGAAUCUAGAUGAUGCCAAAAUGGAUGAAUUAAUUGGGUUGAAGAUGGUGAACAUGAACUUCUAUCCAAGAUGCCCAAAUCCUGAGCUCACCGUAGGCGUGGGACGUCACUCAGAUUUGGGCACCCUUACUAUUUUGUUGCAAGAUGGGAUUGGUGGCCUAUAUGUCAAGGUUGAGGAGAAUGUUGAUGGGAAGAAAAAGGGUGAGUGGAUGGAAAUCCCACCUGUGCCUGGUGCUUUGGUCAUCAACGUCGGCGAUACACUACAGAUAGUGAGCAAUGGAAAGUAUAAAAGUGCCGAGCAUAGAGUGCGUACUACAAGCACACAAUCAAGAGUGUCGAUUCCAAUUUUCACAAUUCCAAGAGGGUCAGUGAAGAUUGGACCGUUGGCACAAGUGGUGGAGAAAGAUGGGGUGGCUCGUUACAGAGAGGUGGUCUUUGAAGAUUACAUGAACAAUUUCUUUAGCAACGCCCAUGAUGGAAAGAAGUCUCUUGACUUUGCAAGGAUCUAUUAACUUUCCCUGGACAAAAUAAUCUCGGUUUUUUUUUUCUUCUUAAAAUCAUGUCCUGCUGUCUACCAUAGCUACUACGUCUACGUAGAAUAAGCUUCUGGAUGUAACAGAAGGUAUAUAUUAAAUAUAUACAAUGCAUAUGUUUUUAUUAUAUA